AUGGAGGUUCAGCCACAAUAUUUCACCCAAAUGGUAGACGAUAUACGGCUCAAGACCAACGCGCGUAUAUAUCUAUUUCAGUUGAUGCUGGAGUCUUAUUCAGACCUUAAGGCAGUAUUGCGACGGAGAGGAGACCGAGAAAGUAGUGAGCGAUGCCCUGGUAGUGGGGCACCGGUUACAGCCACAGACGAUGAGCACGAGGACAUGCUCAUAGACCUAAUGGGUGAAAGUAGAUCCUGGACAGUGGAUCAACUUGCUGCAGAAAUGGUUGGGGCCGCUUUUCUACCUCAUGAAUUGGAUGAUAAGCAAAAAGAAAAUAGAUCUUGGCUUCGUUGCUAUGACCCGUUAACAGAUCAACAAGCACAAGAGUGGCGUCAACCUGGAGAGGAUCCUGCGAUUUUGAUGUUUUUCAUCGCAUCAAAAAACCCCUUAAAGGAAAACGCUUUGCAACAAGAGAUCAACUGA